GGCGCCCUGGCGGGCCGAGCUCGCGGGCAUCCGCCGCCCCGCAAGCGCUGGUGCUGACCUGUGCGGCCACGGCGGCAGGUGAGAGCCUUUGGCUGGGAAAAGAUAGGCGGGAGGCGACUUCUGGCCGCGAUCGGCCACUUGCCACCCUGACCCGGCUAGACCCAGCAGGGAAAGGCCACCGCGCAUUUGCGAGGCCUGGCGGGGCCCGGGAGUGAUGUGAAGGCCCCUAACCCGAGACCGCCCAGCAAGUUGUGCACCCUUCCUUUUCUGUCCGCCUCCACCUCCAGUUUUCACCCGAGCUCUGCUGGUGCUUCACCUGACAACUUCCAGACUCACAGGUGGGGAGGACCACGGGUCAGCACUGCCAAUUACCCUGACCCCCAAACAUUCAACCGCUGUGGAAAAAGCAUCAGGGCUGGCAUUGCCUUCCCUGCCUUGGGGUGCGUCUCUUCAAACUCUUCCAGCCCCUCAAGCAGAAACCGUGUGGGAUCUGGGCCAAACUCUUGCAGUGACUCAAGGCCGCCAGCCCUGCUGAAGGGAUGGGGCGUGGGGUGAAUGGCCCUUAGCCUAUGGCUUUGGAACUGGUUUAUACCACCCUGGUGCCUGCUUAUUUUCCCCUCCACUUGACUUCUACCCAACUCUCGUUUUCCUGCCUCGCACCCCCAGCAGUGAAACACAAGGUUGAACCAAGGCCUCCAGGCUCUAGGAGCUCAAAUUCUGGGACUGCCUGAGAAGUGGGAGCUCUUACAGAAGAAGUCCCUCCAAGUGGACAUGUGGUUCUCUCUUACCUACUUCUGCUGCCCCUUCUGGCAACUUCCCUGGGAAGAGGAGACCUGCUUCCUAUCAGGAUUCCUAUCCCAUCACUUUAGGGCAGGGUCUCACUAAUUUGCUGAGGCUGGCUUUGAACUUGGGAUCCUCUUGCCUCAGCUUCCUGAGCCACUGGGAUUACAGGUGUGUGCCACCGCACCCAGCUUAUAUCUGCAUCUUGAAACCAGUGUUAAACAGGCUAAUGGUGACAGGACUGGAAGUGGCUCUCCUGAAUCUCUUGGUAACAGGACAUCUCUGCACAGGUGGACAAACCCAAGGAAUUCAGCAGGGAGAGCCCUGCCAUCAGGAAGGCAGCACAGGACCAGGACCUACUGAUGGACCCUUCUCAGGACAACCCAACAGCAGCGGUGCUCUCCUAAACUGCAGAAGACCUGGGCACACCUUCUGGAAGAGCCAUGAUGUUCAGGAGGGGCAGGGGCAGCUCUCAGCAGUGGCCUGGCUUGGGAGGGGAGUGUGGCUGCACAGGCCACCUAGGCAUGCUCAGAGCUGCCCUGCUGCUCAUCUGCCUACCAUGGGGGGCCCAAGGGGUGGCCAAUGCCAACCUCAGCACUGCUCUGGGCCACACUGUGCCACUGACAGGGGGUCGCUACUUGAGCAUUGGGGAUGGCUCUGUGAUGGAGUUUGAGUUUCCUGAGGAGAGUGAGGGCAUCAUCGUGAUCUCAAGCCAAUACCCAGGCCAGGCAAAUGGAACAGGGCCCGGCCCCACACUGAAGGUCACAUCCCUGGACACAGAGGUGCUGACCAUCAAAAAUGUGAGUGCCAUAACCUGGGGUGGUGGGGGUGGCUUUGUGGUAAGCAUUCACUCAGGUCUAGCUGGACUGGCUCCACUCCACAUCCAGCUCAUGGACCCCCAUGAGACCUCACCCAUGCUGAUUGAGGAGCGGAGAGAUUUCUGCAUCAAGGUGUCACCUGCAGAAGAUACCCCUGCUACCCUCAGCACCAGCCUGGCCCACUUCUCAGAGAACCCAAUACUCUACAUGCUCUUGCCUCUUAUCUUUGUCAACAAGUGUUCAUUUGGUUGCAAAGUGGAACUUGAGGUUCUGAAGGGGCUCCUGCAGAGCCCUCAGCCCAUGCUGCUGGGCCUCUUGGGCCAGUUUCUGGUCAUGCCCUUGUAUGCUUUCCUGAUGGCCAAAGUCUUCAUGCUGCCCAAGGCCCUGGCUCUGGGCCUCAUCAUUACCUGCUCGUCACCUGGAGGUGGGGGGAGCUACCUCUUCAGCCUCCUUCUUGGAGGGGACGUCACCCUGGCCAUCUCCAUGACUUUCAUCUCAACCGUAGCUGCCACUGGUUUCCUGCCGCUGUCCUCAGCCAUCUAUAGCCACCUGCUCAGCAUCCACGAAACUCUCCAUGUGCCCAUCUCCAAGAUCCUGGGGACCCUGCUGUUCAUUGCCAUCCCCAUAGCAGCAGGAGUGGUGAUCAAGUCCAAGCUCCCCAAGUUCUCCCAGCUGCUGCUUCAGGUCAUCAAGCCCUUCAGCUUUGUGCUCCUCCUGGGGGGCCUCUUCCUGGCCUACCGCAUGGGGGUAUUCAUCCUGGCCGGAGUCAGGUUACCCAUCGUACUGGUGGGCCUCACGGUGCCCCUGUUUGGCCUCUUGGUGGGCUACUGCCUGGCCACAUGCCUGAAGCUGCCAGUGGCUCAGCGGCGGACGGUCAGCAUUGAGGUAGGGGUGCAAAACAGCCUACUAGCUUUGGCCAUGCUACAGCUGUCCCUCCGCCGCCUUCAAGCAGACUAUGCUUCCCAGGCCCCCUUCAUUGUGGCCCUGAGUGGUACCUCUGAGAUGCUGGCCUUGGUCAUUGGCCACUUCAUCUAUAGCAACCUGUUCCCAGUUCCAUGAAGCCCCUGGGGCAAGCUUUCAUCACCCAACCAUCACACUCCAUCCCCUGUCCCCACAGUUCUUGUGUACCAAAGGCCUUUAGUUCUCAUGCACUAUGCACUCAGACAAAUCCAAGCUUAUUUUUUUUUACUGGUUUUUUAUUCUCCAGCUUUCAGUGCCAAAGAGGCCACGCUGAGUUAGGUAGGUGGGCAGUGCCCAGAAAAUAUAUUUCAAUAAAAGACAGAAGCAAGCUUGA